CAAACCAGCAGCAGCGACAGUUUGCGAGUCCAAGCAGUAGCAUUUGCUUUCUCAACGCCAAGCCCUCGCAGCAACCAUGGCCUCCACCAACAGCUGGAACCUCGAGAUAGCGUCGCCGGUCGCCGCGCCACGCCUUUUCCGCGCCGCCGUGAUGGACUGGCACACCAUGGCGCCCAAGCUGGCCUCCCACAUCGUCGCCAGCGCUCACCCCGUCGAGGGAGAUGGAAACGUCGGCAGCGUCAGGCAGUUCAACUUCACUUCAGGUAUGCCGUUCGGCUUCAUGAAGGAGAGGCUCGAGUUCUUGGACGUUGACAAGUGCGAGUGCAAGUCGACGCUCGUCGAGGGCGGAGGCAUCGGCGUGGCCAUCGAGACAGCGACGUCGCACAUCAAGGUGGAGCCGGCGGCCGGCGGCGGCAGCGUGGUGAAGGUGGACUCGACGUACAAGCUGCUGCCCGGGGUGGACGUCAAGGACGAGAUCGUCAAAGCCAAGGAAUCCGUCACUGCCAUCUUCAAGGCCGCCGAGGCGUACCUCGUCGCCAACCCUGAUGCCUACAACUAAGCCGUCUCCUAUAUAAAGAUAGUGUUUGCACUUUCGUGUGUAUUGCUGUGUCAAAAUAAAUGAAGUUGCUCGAGAUGCACGCUGCUGGUACUGGAUGAGGGAGAAUCCAACACAAUGUAUGUUUGAGAAGUUUGAUAGUGUGUUUUUUAUGUCGUUGGAGGGUGUUUAUGGUUUAUAUAUUUGUCGUGUUGAUCGUGUGUUCCUCGUUUUUAUACUGAAAUAAAACAAAACCGAUAUAAAGCAGUACUCUGUUUUAAA